AUGAUUGAAAAGAACCGGCUCUUUGAGGCGGAUAAUGUCGGUCUUAAUCGAGACAAUGCCAUUUUUACUACGAGGCUUGGUGACCUCGAGGCCACUAUUUCCCAACUUCGGAGAAAACUUGACUCGGUCAAGGCUGAUGCCAUGAGGAUGGCAGAAAGGCACCGCCGGUUUGAAUCCGAGAGUGCCAAUGACAAAGACAAACUGAGGGUGGCCGAGGAGAAAGCCGAGACUCGAGCUCGGAUCAGCGACGAGCUCAAGAGCAAGCUCGAGGAGGCUACUGAGGCCAAUGAUGUGCUUCAGGCUGAGUUUGAAUCGGCUAAUCAAACUCGACUAGCUCUUCUUGAAGUGAGAUCCGAACUAGAGGCUAAAUUGAAAAAAUCCGAGGCCGAUCUAGAAGAGUCUCUUAAAUACAUGGAGGCUGCCGAGGCUCGUUCUACGAUUCUGAUCGAGUAUGAGCGGUGGAAAUCUCGGAGGGUUACCCUCGAACAGGUUGAAAAAGGGUUAGGGGACCUCCAGGCUCGGAUACUGGAAGCCAAAGAAGUCGAGGAGAGGGCCAAGAAAGCCCUUGAUGCUGAUUCUGAAUACUCUGAGCAAACGGUUUCCGAGAACUCCGGUUCCAACCAUACCGGGUAG